GAAAAAAGUUUUCAUAAAGGAAAAAAGUUUUGCCUAAAAUAACUGUCUUAAUAUUAACUAAAUAAUAGAUUAAUAAUUCAUUACUUACUAGAAAAUGUUUUGAAGUUUUUUACGUUCGAUAGCCCUGGAAUCUGUCGUAUUAAUUGUACGGGUGAAAGUCGAAAAGAAAAACCCAGACUCCACUUGGAUAGGUUCUUGUUCCAAUUAAUCUAUCAAUCAACCAGGAGGCAGUAUUUCAAUAGCUCUCACGGAUACGGUUGAAAAACAAAUAUGUUUGGCUUUGACGGCGAGUAUCGUCGUAAACCUCAGCAGAGCCUUGGCGGUGUGUCGAACAGCACCGAUCGGGAAACUAUAAUUCGCAAAGCUGCGGAGGAACGUCUGAAACGCAAUCAGUUACGCCGCGAGACAAACGGAGCUAUUGUACUGCAGUCAUAUUCACGUUCAUUUAUCCAUCGUCAGAGGAGAAAACGAUACGAACGCGAGGAGUUCGACGGAUUUCUAAAGACCCAUCGGACCCAGCUGCAGCAAGAUGAGAAUCUUGAGUUUUUAUUGCGACGUUUGGUAUUCUUUUACAACACGAGAGAAGCCAAAGACUGCGAACGCUUGAUUGAAGUAUGCCAGCACAUACUGAAGAGUCCCGCCCGAAUAUUGCAAAACUCGACCACAGACAAAAUGUGGCUGCAUCGCCUAAAGAAGCUUUUGGAUCUAUGCAUAGUUCAGCUGACGACCGACUCACAGUCUUCCCAAGCUAUACCCUUGAGAAUGUUGGAGACAUUCACUGCCGAAACGUCAAUAGAACGUUACGUCGAAAAUGAAGAUCUGAUAAAAACCUAUUUAGAGUUGGUUUUCAAAUAUCUCAUUGGAAGGGAGUACUACAAACGAUUACGUACCGUUUUGGAAAUUAAGUGUCCUCCACUGGACGGAGAGGUACUUCAUCCUCCAAAUCAGUUUUCUGAGGCUAUUUUUCAAUUAAUGUUGAGGCCUCUACUACUGGCCAAGAACUCGGAAGCUGAGUUCUCCUACACCGUGUGUUUGUCGUUCAGCAGACACAUAUUGUCGCUGCCUUCCACCGAUUGCAUACGCAAUUUUCUUGUACCCUGUUUUGCUGAUUGUGCCGAAUUUCCGUUUGAGUUCAUCGUAAGAACACUGCAGAGGUAUACCAAAUCGGAGGUCCCUGAGAAAAUGGAUGUCGAUGCCAGAAGUAUGCCCACAUUCACUGGUGCCUCGAGUACAACGACAAAUGUCAGUGACAAUGUCAAGUCUAAAAAUGCAGACAAUAGAUCCAAAACCAUAUUCAGCACAUUUUUGUUACACUCACUGCUUGUGUUGGACCGUAAACAAUUGGAUACUCUACACACCAAAAAGUUGCUAAGCAGCUACAUCAAAAUUAUUUCAGAGGUAUCGACGAAAAUACUGCAGUUGCCAAAGUCCUCACUGAAACAUUCGGCACAUCAUCAUAGCCAUCAUGGAAACGAAAGCGAAGACAGCUCUUCCGACGACGAGAGUGAUGCCGAAGAUAGUUAUCAGGGAAGGGAGGCUGCCGAUGGCGAAUUUGGGCCACAAGUAGUUGCCAUAACCGACAAAGAAAAGGAAUAUCUUCUGGAAUGCAUUGUUAUGCUUAACGAGGGACGGCGAGUUCAGGUAAUUGUGAAUAACAUAGAGGAAUACUUGCACGACGAAGACGUUUUGUAUGGGCUGUGUGAAAUUUGCCACAACUUGAUGAUAUUCAAUAAAAUGGCCAUGUUCGAUUACAAGUUAUUGUAUACCCUUUCUUUUACGCCGAAUUUUAUAAGAGCUGUGUGGUUUACAUUGGUGUCACAAUCAAAACAGCAGGGAUUUAAUGCGCCUUUGACACUUAUAUCCAAGGGAGUUGUGCCAAAACAUUCUGGCAGUGAAACCUUUGUCCCACUACUGGCAACAUUCUGUACAUUGUUCGGACGUUUACUACCCACACUGCACGACAAUGAAUUCUGUGAUGAAAAAUUACUAAUAGAUAAGAGUCCCCAGGCCACAACUCAUGUCCGUCUAAUGCCGUUUUCCCUAUCCGAAAUUGUGCAACUUUCAAAAACACUCAAAGAAAUAUCCUUGGGCCUGGUCGAAUUGGCUUUCCCAGAGACGCGUUCAAAUCUAAACCAGCACUAUCGUUUUGUUUUGGGUCGUUCAGAUUCGGACGACACUAAAAUGAGACAAAAGCAAAUUUGGGCGAAUCUACUGAAAGUGGUUGUAUUUGUGUUGAACCAAAUACAUACUAGAGAUCUUAGAUUGGGCUUCUGUCCGGAUUCGCAUUGGACUGUGACACGUUUAGAUUUGCCACUGGAUAGACCGACGGAUUUACCAUUAACCCGAGGCAGCCGUACCCGGGGCAUUCGCCCUUUUCAACCAAUUCGAGAUUUCACCAGAGAGGAUUUCGAAAACGGUCCACCGAUGUCAACGAAGCAAAUACGCUCAAUAACGAUUUUGAGAGAAAUACCCUUUGUGGUGGCUUUCAGUAAACGGGUGGGCAUUCUUCAGGGACUUGUAGCAGCCGAUAAAAUGCGAGUGCAGGGCAACUUGCAGGCUUUCCUGCAAGGACCCUCAAUAAUGUUGACUGUCCGAAGGAGUCAUUUAUACGAAGAUGCCUAUGACAAACUAAGGCCGGAAAACGAACCUGAUUUACGUCUGAAAUUCCGAGUACAAUUCGUCUCGUCAUUGGGCUUGGAUGAGGCGGGCAUAGAUGGCGGCGGGGUAUUCCGUGAAUUUCUCUCAGAGUUAAUAAAAACAGCUUUCGAUCCAAAUAGAGGCUUUUUCAUGGUCACAACAGACAAUAAACUUUAUCCGAAUCCCACAGUCAGCGACUUGGUGCCGGACUUUGAAAAACACUACUAUUUCAUAGGUAGAAUAUUAGGUAAAGCUAUUUACGAAAAUCUUCUUGUUGAACUUCCUCUGGCGGAGUUUUUCCUAACAAAACUGGCUGGAAAAUAUGCUGACGUCGACAUACAUCAGCUGGCGUCGUUGGACCCUGAGCUCUAUAAGAAUCUUCUAUACCUUAAGGAUUACGAAGGCGAUGUUAGCGAGUUAAACUUGGACUUUACAGUAGCAAGCAGUUCGUUUGGUCAGACACAAGUUAUUGAGUUGAAGCCCCAGGGACAAAGUAUACCAGUAACCAACUCCAACCGCUUGGAAUACCUUCAUCUAAUGGCAGACUACAAGCUGAAUAAGCAAAUACGCCAACACUGUAUAGCAUUCCGCAAAGGCCUGUCGAAUGUUGUUUGUGUUGAAUGGCUGUAUAUGUUCAGUAACAAGGAACUGCAAAUACUAAUAUCGGGCGCAGAGAUACCCAUCGAUCUGGAAGAUCUCAAGAGGCAUUGUAAAUAUGGGGGCGAAUAUAGUCCCGAGCACCCAUCAAUAAUAGCGUUUUGGGCCGCCUUGGAAGGUUUCGAUGAUCUGCAAAGGCGGCAAUUGUUGAAAUUUGUAACAAGUUGCUCACGCCCGCCGUUGUUAGGAUUUAAGGAUUUGGAUCCGCCAUUCUUUAUUCAGAACGCCGGCGACAUGGAACGCCUACCGACGGCAAGCACAUGUACUAACCUAUUGAAAUUACCCCCCUUUAAAACUGUCGAACAAAUGCGCGAGAAGUUAUUGUACGCCAUACAAUCUGGAGUUGGGUUCGAACUUAGCUAAAUAUUAAGAACUAUGUCGGUUUUGUGAUCAAAUAACAAAUCAAUUAAACUGUGUAUGCUGUAGAAUUUUAAUAUGAAGCCAGAAAAUAGGUUUUGUGUUUGUUUUUUAUUGUAAAUGAGAAAGCAAGACAAAGAUCUACAAACUUUGAAUAUGAAUACCGUGAUCAUAUCAAUUGAACACUUUCCAUAAAACUACUCGUUUAAUUGGUAUAAUGUACAAAAUUAAAAUAUCGAUAAGAAUAAAUUGUUCUUUCUAUUAUUAAGAAGAAAAAAUAUA